UCCAAAUUCAUGUCCUAGCCUAAUGAAGAACUUGGAUUUGCUUUCACAGGAUGAUUUCACUUUAAAAAAGGAUCAAGUUAUCACAAUGUUAAAUUGCAGGAAAGCCCUCUUGGAGGCAAGAUAAAGGCGGCUGUGACACCAGAACAAAAGUAACCAGAGCUGGGGCAGUCACUGGAUUUCACGCAGCACUGGACCACUGCUCCUUGUCCACUGAAACAGGUGGGAGCCAUGGCGCUGGAGCAGAACCAGUCAACAGAUUACUACUACGAGGAGAAUGAGCUGAAUGGCACGCACGACUAUAGCCUGUACGAAGCCAUCUGCAUAAAGGAAGAGGUGAGACAGUUUGCAAAAGUUUUCCUCCCUGUCUUCUUCACCAUCACUUUCAUCACUGGACUUGCCGGCAACUCCACCGUAGUGGCCAUCUACGCCUAUUACAAGAAACAGCGCACCAAAACCGAUGUGUACAUCUUGAACUUGGCCGUGGCUGAUUUACUCCUGCUGUUCACCCUGCCUUUCUGGGCAGUCAAUGCAGUUCACGGGUGGGUUCUAGGGAAAGUGAUGUGCAAGGUGACGUCAGCCUUGUACACAGUCAACUUUGUCUCUGGAAUGCAGUUCCUGGCUUGUAUCAGCAUCGACAGAUAUUGGGCAGUAACCAAAGCCCCCGGCCCGGUUGGGGCGGGAAGGCCGUGCUGGCUCAUCUGUCUCUGCGUCUGGCUGGCCGCCACCUUGCUGAGCGCCCCCCAGCUGGUGUUUUACACGGUCAAUGACAAUGCCCGCUGCAUCCCCAUCUUUCCCCACCAGCUGGGAACCUCGGUGAAAGCAUCCAUCCAGAUGCUGGAGAUCUGCAUCGGGUUCGUGAUACCCUUUCUCAUCAUGGGGGUGUGUUACUUCAUUACGGCAAGAACGCUCAUCAAGACGCCAAACAUUAAGAAAUCCCGACCCCUCAAAGUUGUGCUCGCGGUGGUUCUAGUUUUCAUCGUUACGCAGCUGCCUUACAACGUCGUCAAGUUCUGCCAAGCCGUGGACAUCAUCUACUCCCUGAUCACCGACUGCGACGCCAGCAAGCGCCUGGACGUCGCCAUCCAGGUCACCGAGAGCAUCGCGCUCUUCCACAGCUGCCUCAACCCCAUCCUCUACGUCUUCAUGGGCGCCUCUUUUAAAAACUACAUCAUGAAAGUGGCCAAGAAAUACGGGUCCUGGAGAAGACAGCGACAAAACGCAGAGGAGAUUCCUUUCGACUCCGAGGGCCCUACAGAGCCGACCAGUACCUUCAGCAUUUGAAUAUUCAGCGGCCCUGCCUCUGCCUGGACACGCACGAGUGAUGCUCACACAUCUGCGCUGUUCUGAGAAUCAGACUCCGUGGUUGCUACUUAUAACCAGAAAGGGGCUGGGGGAGGGGCCGGGCGCGAGCCAAGAAGAGGAAAGGGGCGUGAAAAUCAACACUAGCGACACAGGCAAACAGCAGUAAGGGACAGCAAUAAAUAAAAACGCCUGCCAUAAAGAGGAAGAUCCCGUGGUGACGCAUAGUUCCGUGUCUGAUGGCAGUAGUGCUUACACAAAUCUACACAUGUGAUAACAUGACAGAACUACACACAGACACAGACGUUGUAGCAAGUUCAACUUCCUGGUUUUGGUAAUUAACCUAUAAUCACGUAAGAUGAGAACUAUAGGGAGAAACUGGGUGGAGGUUACCUGGGACCACGCUAUACUUUCUUUAGAGGUUGCUAUAAAUUUAUAAUAAUUCCAAAAUAAAGGGAGUUUUUCAAAAUAAAAAAAGCCCUCUCUGCUAUAAGUUAGAUCAUCUAAAAUGGAUUAAUGAAGAUGCUUAUGUUAAGAGGUAUCUGUAACUAUUUUUAGUUUUAAUGUGAGAAUGAUCUCCCUGCAUAAUUUUAAUUCUUGAAUAAUUAUGCAGUAAAACUACUGCAUAAUUUGUAUUUCUUAAUUUGCAAGUAAUUUUUAUAAAAUCCCAGAAAGAAUAGCAAUUAAUGACAACAAAAAAGUUCAUAAGAUUUUCUGGCCCUUUUGUUUCAUCCCUGGUAAGUUUCAAGACAUAUAAUUUGCUUCCAUGAUGUCAAUUUAUUUUUAGAAUAAGGGGUUAUGCUGGUAAAUGUUAGAUUUCUCCUGUAUGACUUAGAAGCAGCCCUCAGAGGACCAUAUUAAUCUAUGGUACAAUUUUUGUAACUCCUUAAAGAACUCAUCUAUUUGUUACUACAUCACUGAGAGUUAACUAAAAAUGUAUUAUCCUAUAUAUAAAGUUUCCUAUUUUUCAAACACUGCAUUUUUAGAAAUUCUUAUUUUAUUUUAUUUGAAAGGCAAAAAAGACAGAGACACACACACACAUACACACAGAGAGCAAUCUUCCAGCCACUGGUUCACUCUCCAAAUGCCUAUGAACAGCCACAGCUUGGUCCAGGUCAAAGCCAGGAACACAGAACUCAAUCCAGGUCUUCCAUGUGGGAGGCAGGGAACAAACUACUUGAGCUUUCCCUUGCUGACCCUCAGGGUGAGCAUCAACAGGAAACUGGAUCAGAAGCAGAAGGGCUGGGACUCAAACCAGCCACCCUUCCAUGGGGUCUGGAUGUCUCAUACCGUGUCUUAACCACUGUGCCAAAUGCUCACCCUGAAACACUGUAUUUGUAAGCAGUGAAAACAGAAGCCACAAUCAGUUAUUUUUAAUAACACAUGUUAAACAUGUAAGAUGCCUCAUUAAAACUAAACUUUGAAAUUAUAUAAGUCAAAAGUAGCACAUGCUAAGCAUUUCACCUCUCCAAACAUGAAAAAGAAAAAGACAUAUUUUCUGCUUUUAAAAAUCAACAUCACCUAAUUAAGACAUCACCAAAUCAGGUAAUGUUAAAAUUACUUUUCCUUUGAUCUACUCUUUCUAAAUUUUGAAGAUGAUCUCAAGGGCAGAAUUUAAAGAAUUAUGAUCAUAAAAUUAACAACUACGUAUCAUAACAUUAUUCUUGCAUAGUAUCUAGCAACAAGAUCUAUCUGUUGAGCGAAAAAAUUGUUUUGGAAAACUCACCACUAC